AUUAAAAAAAGAUCCCACUCACCAUAGUCCUCAAUAAAUACCCCUAACCACAAUUCUAUGAAACCUCCUCUCAAUCUUUUCACACUCUCCCUUCAUUGUGAACAACAACAAAAAAAAGUAAAGAUCUUGCUCCCAUAAAAGAAGAAUGGCGAUGAAAAAAGCAAACAAACUGACACAAACGGCGAUGAUCAAGCAAAUCUUGAAGAGAUGCUCAAGCUUGGGGAAGAAACAGAGUAAUGUAUACAGCGAAGACGAGAACGGACAUCCUCUUGACGUGCCUAAAGGACAUUUCGUUGUCUACGUUGGAGAGAAUCGGGUCAGGUACGUUGUGCCCAUUUCGUUUUUGACCCGACCCGAGUUUCAGCUUCUUCUUCAACAAGCAGAGGAAGAGUUUGGUUUUGACCACGACAUGGGUCUCACUAUCCCUUGUGAUGAAGCCGUUUUCAGAUCUCUCACCUCCAUGCUCGGAUGAACAUAUCUUUUUAGGGUUUUUUUUUUUUUUUUUUAGUUAUAUAUUUGAGAUGGUUUUAUUAGGAUGAGAACAGUGGAAGCUGCUGAGUAAAUGCUUCUCUGUUUUAGCAAACUAUUUUUACAUGUUUUGGCUAAUAUGGGUUUAGUGUUGUAUUAGAGUGAGACUUAACCCUUAGGGAAAGAGAUGCUCGUGAAGAUCACUCUCAUGGUGGUGUGGUUGUUGAAUGUGUACCCCCUAUGAGAGAUAAUUUGAUAUUUGAUGAAUGAGACGUUUAAUAUUAUCAGCUAUGCUUCAGUUUUCUUUGGUUUGGUUUUUCUUUUGCAUGAGUUAAUAAAUUAUUGUGCAAUGUGUGACAUUUAAUUUGUAUAAGACUCCCAAAGUUUCUUGUUCUCUAUG